AUGAGCAACGCACUCGGCCUCGACCAGUCUGAGCUGAGCAAGCUGCUUCAGACGACUGACCUGGAGUCCAAGAUGGAUCAGUUAAAGCGUUUCCCGAAUCUUUCCAUCGUCAAUUCUCCAGUCUCCGCAACGGUGCGAGCUAAACAGCAGGCCCUCAAUAUCGGGGAGGAGUUUCAGUUUGGGAAGGCAAAUGAUUUCCACACUGGAGUCAAUGCACCAACUCGGUUCGAUGCCGAGGUAGGCUCUUGCAUCGUUCGAGGGCAAGUCCCACGCGAGAUCGACGGUACAUUUUAUCGAAUAACCUGUGACCCCAUCUACGCCAAUCGAAACGGAAAGGAUAUCUGGAUCAAUGGUGAUGGUGCGAUCCAUGCCUGGCGUUUCUCCAACGGUGUCGUCGACUUCAAGCAGAAAUAUGUACGCACUCCGCGAUUCGUCUAUGAGCGCGCAGCCCGGAAACCACUGUUUGGGACGUACAGAAACCCAUUUGCUGGUGAUGAGAGGGUGUUCAAUGAUAUUCAAUCUCCUGGGAACACCCAUAUCCAUCACUGGCAUGGCUGGCUUCUGGCUUGCAAAGAAGAUAGUCCCCCAAUCGCCGUGGAUCCGGAUACUCUGGAUACCAUAGGCAUCUACGACUUCGAGGGGCAGCUGAACCCAGCUAAGACAUUCACUGCACACCCGAAAGUUGACGUUGUCACUGGCGAAACCAUGGCUUAUGGUAUGGAAGCAUCUGGGAUGGCAUCCAAUGAUCUUGUAUACUACCGUUUUAACAAAGAGGGCAAGAAGAUCGACGAGUGCUGGGUGAAGACUCCAGAUGUCACUUGGACCCAUGAUAUGGUUGCAACGGAGAAAUUUGGUGUUCUCCCGCGUCGAAAUCCCAAACCGGAGGACGUGAGGUGGUUCGACAGCCUCAAAAACCACACGUGGGGCCACUUUUCCAACGGCUUCGAUGGAGAGGACGGGUGCAUAUAUCUGGAUGCAUACAUUGCUAAUGUGGAUACACUCAACGCCUUUCCCAAUAUGCACCCGGAGCUUGACGUUGGGAAGCCAAAGGAAAAGCUAAUCGGGAAGCUGGCCCGGUUCAAAAUCGACCCCAAGGCUCCUUCAAACGAGUUGGAACUUCCGACUGUACUCAGCGAGGUCGCUGGCGAGAUGGCACGUUGUGACGAUCGCUUCGCCACUAAGCCUUACAACCACGCCUAUGGAUGCAGACACUCGCCUACCGGAUUCGACGCUAUCACCCACGUUGAUAUUGCAGCUGGCGUUACUAAUAUCUGGGAAGCAGGUGAAGGCGUUGUUGUCGGUGAACCUUGCUUUAUCCCUCGCGGCGAAGAUUCUCCUGAAGGUGAUGGUUACCUGUUGGUGUGCACGCGGGACGUGGCUCACAAGCAGGCUCAUCUGACAGUGCUUGAUGCGACACAAAUUACCGCUGGCCCCGUGUGUAUCGUAGAGCUUCCAUUCCAGCUUUGUGAAGGGGUACACGGAAAUUGGGUUGAGACAAAGGACCUACCAGUCCGCAGACCAAUGGUAGACUACUCUGGUAUGACCAAGGAGAUUCAAGCCAAGUUCGGAACCGGUGCUCCCAAGCCCUACGACGAGUUUAUUGGGAAGCCUGUCACCUUGACCCGAGCUGAGGCGGUUCCUAACCCUCGAGUCGCUUGA